CCCUGCCCGACCCGCUGUCCGGCCACCGCAACUCGUUUGCUGCCCUGUCGGUGGCCGACGGGCUGGGGGUUGGCGACGAUGCCACCACGCCCACCGGCUGGCUUGAGGAGGCCUCAGCGCAAGCAGGGGGAGGAGAGCCAGCCUCUUUGGAGGAACUUCGUCAGUCUCAGCGGCUGUCGAAGAUGGACAAUGAUAAACACAAGUCGACUGGCGGCCUCAACCUGCCACCGCAUCUCCGAGCCAGCGUCUUCUUUGAGCAGCCGUCUGAGCUCCCCGAGAUCGAGGUCAAGGAUGGGUCAGCCAUGGCGACGCUCGAGAGCAUCCUCGAUGCCUCGGCGACUGCCCCCGUCAGUGCUUUCACCGACCACUUGUACGCCGGCAAGCUGGGCGCCGAAGUAUACGGCAAGGCUAAGAAGAAGAAGACGAAGAAGAAGGACACCAAGCGCAAGUCACAGCAGCUUGAUGUCCCGCCUGCCGAGUCAGAGUCCAAGGAAAAGUCUACCAUCAAGCUGCUUUCAAGGAGAAGCCACAGCAGCUUGUUUGGCAAAGCCAACAGUAACCCGGACCCCGCCGCCGUGCAGGGCGAUGGCCACGGCGAUGUCCAUGAAGAGGAAUCAGAGGAGGAGGAAUCGGAGGAAGAGGAAGAGCAGCUUGAAGACGGCAUUCUCGAUGGCGUACCCACCACGCUCCUCGGUGAAUUGCACCUCCGCAAGCAGCAGCAGAAGCAGCGAAUCCUCAACAAUGGCAACGUGGCGACCCAAGGCCUGCGCGCUACUCUUCUCGAGAUGGAUGCUGUCGCUGAGAUGCAGCGCAAGCAGCGCCUCAAGAGCCGCGUCAACCUUGCCUGGGAAGAUCCGGCCGUGGCCGCUGACCACAACCCAUCCGAUGACGAGGACGUGCCGCUGGCCGUCAUCGCCGCCCUGCACCAUGGAGCCAAGAACAUGGCCGACGUCGAACGCCCCCUGGGACUGAUGGAAGUCCGUCAGCUGGAGGAGAAUGAACCGCUGAGCCAGCGCGCCGCCCGACUCAAGGGACGGACCUCGAUUGCCAUGACGGCGAAGCGCCAGAGCAACCUGAGCCUGGGGCCCACGCGCAUUGCUGAGGUGCAGCCCCCGGCUCCGUCGCCGCGCAUCAUCGAGCCGGACGUGCGCGCAGACGAAGGUGCACGCACCAGGACCGCCACACCUGAACCGCCUGCGCCCGAAAUCGAGGAGGAGACGCUGGGCGCCAGGAAGCGCCGCCUGGCGGAGUCGCAGCUGCCCAAGGCCCGCCCCGUCAGCAGCACCUUUUCCAUGGAGCUGCUGAGCCAGUUUGGCGGCCCCGACGAGCCCGACAACAAGAGCAGCGGCAAGAAGUCGCCCAACAACCUGGCCGUCGAGGACGAGACGCUGGGCCAGCGCCGUCGCCGUCUGCAGGCCGAGCGGGAGGCUCGCGAGCGAGAGAUGAGCUACGGCAACCUGACGGGCGAGAGACCCGUCAGCUACGGCAAC